AACUCUCCAUCCAGCUGUCUUUAACACAGGCAACCAUGGCUGAAGGAGGAGAAGCCGAAGAUGAAAUCCAGUUCUUACGAACUGCUGACGAGGUUGUACUGCAGUGUUCUGCGACCAUCCAUAAAGAACAGCAGAAGCUCUGUCUGGCUGCAGAGGGCUUUGGCAACAGACUUUGCUUUCUGGAGUCCACCUCAAAUUCCAAGAAUGUCCCUCCAGACCUCUCGAUCUGCACCUUUGUGUUGGAGCAGUCUCUCUCCGUGCGGGCCCUUCAGGAGAUGCUGGCCAACACCGAAGAGAAGGCAGAAGGGACCGCACAUGGGGGAGGCCACCGCACUCUUCUCUAUGGGCACGCGGUCCUGCUCAGGCACUCGUACAGUGGAAUGUAUCUCUGUUGUUUGUCUACUUCGCGCUCUUCAACUGACAAACUGGCAUUUGAUGUGGGCUUGCAGGAAGAUACGACAGGAGAGCCCUGCUGGUGGACUAUACACCCUGCCUCCAAACAGAGGUCCGAAGGUGAAAAGGUUCGAGCUGGAGAUGACCUCAUCUUAGUCAGUGUUUCUUCAGAAAGGUAUCUGCAUUUAUCAUAUGGGAACGGCAGCCUGCAUGUUGAUGCGGCCUUCCAGCAAACCCUCUGGAGCGUGGCGCCAAUUUGCUCUGGGAGUGAAGUCGCACAAGGUUACCUCAUUGGAGGUGACGUGCUGAGGUUAUUGCACGGUCACAUGGACGAGUGUCUGACUGUACCUUCAGGAGAACAUGGGGAAGAGCAACGAAGGUCGGUCCAUUAUGAAGGCGGAGCUGUGUCUAUUCACGCUCGGUCUCUCUGGAGGUUGGAGACUCUGCGAGUUGCGUGGAGUGGAAGCCAUAUCAGAUGGGGACAGGCGUUCCGGCUGAGGCACGUCACCACAGGGAAAUAUUUGAGCUUCAUGGAUGACAAAAGCCUUCUUCUCAUGGACAAAGAAAAAGCAGAUGUGAAAUCCACAGCAUUCUGCUAUCGGUCUUCCAAGGAAAAAUUGGAUUUGGCGAUAAAGAAGGAAAUGGAUGGGAUGGGAGUACCAGAGAUAAAGUAUGGCGAUUCAGUGUGCUACAUCCAACAUGUGGACACCUGCCUAUGGCUCACCUACCAGUCAGUGGAUGCUAAAUCUGUACGGAUGGGAGCUGUGCAGCGCAAGGCUAUAAUGCAUCAUGAAGGUCACAUGGAUGACGGGUUAACACUGUCCAGAUCCCAACACGAGGAGUCCCGGACAGCCCGGGUCAUUCGUAGCACUGUCUUCCUUUUCAACAGAUUCAUCAGGGGUCUUGAUGCCCUGAGCAAGAAAGGAAAAUCAUCCAGCAUAGAUUUGCCAAUUGAAUCAGUCAACCUGAGUCUGCAGGACUUAAUUGGCUAUUUCCAACCACCCGAUGAGCAUCUAGAACAUGAAGACAAACAGAACAGGCUACGAGCGCUAAAGAACCGACAGAAUCUCUUCCAGGAAGAGGGUAUGAUUAACCUGGUUCUUGAAUGCAUCGACCGCCUACAUGUGUACAGCAGUGCUGCUCAUUUUGCUGAUGUAGCUGGAAAAGAAGCAGGAGAGGCCUGGAAGUCUAUACUAAACUCAUUAUAUGAGUUACUGGCUGCCCUGAUAAGAGGAAAUCGCAAAAACUGUGCCCAAUUCUCAGGCUCUCUUGACUGGUUAAUCAGCCGGCUGCAGAGAUUAGAAGCAUCCUCUGGGAUUCUGGAAGUUUUACACUGUGUACUUGUGGAAAGUCCUGAAGCUCUCAAUAUUAUCAAAGAAGGCCAUAUAAAAUCUAUAAUUUCUCUUCUUGAUAAACAUGGGAGAAAUCACAAGGUUUUGGAUGUAUUAUGUUCCCUGUGUGUAUGCCAUGGUGUAGCUGUGCGUUCCAACCAGCAUCUCAUCUGUGACAACUUACUGCCAGGAAGGGAUCUGUUGUUGCAGACACGUCUUGUCAACCAUGUCAGCAGCAUGCGGCCGAAUAUCUUCCUGGGAAUCAGUGAAGGCUCUGCCCAGUACAGGAAGUGGUACUACGAACUAAUAGUGGAUCACGUGGAAACCUUCGUAACAGCAGAGGCCACUCACCUGCGAAUUGGCUGGGCCUCCACAGAUGGGUAUUCUCCAUAUCCAGGGGGCGGGGAAGGCUGGGGCGGCAACGGCGUUGGAGACGAUCUUUACUCCUAUGGGUUUGACGGUCUGCACCUAUGGUCAGGCUGCAUUGCCCGGACAGUAAACUCACCCAAUCAGCACCUUCUAAGAGUCGAUGAUGUGGUCAGCUGCUGCCUGGACCUGAGCGCUCCGAGUAUCUCGUUCCGGAUCAACGGGCAGCCUGUUCAAGGCAUGUUCGAGAAUUUCAACUCAGACGGCCUCUUUUUCCCUGUUGCCAGCUUCUCUGCUGGAGUAAAAGUACGCUUCCUGCUGGGAGGUCGCCACGGGGAAUUCAAGUUCCUGCCUCCUCCUGGUUACGCUCCCUGCUUCGAAGCCCUGCUGCCCAGAGAGAAGAUGAGAGUGGAACCCAGCAGGGUAUACAAACAAGACCACAACGGCACCCGGGACCUGCUGGGGCCGACCGUCACCCUCACACUAGCUGCCUUCACACCCACGCCUGUGGACACAAGUCAGAUUGUUUUGCCACCUCAAUUGGAUCGAAUUCGUGAAAAACUGGCAGAGAACAUCCAUGAACUCUGGGUAAUGAACAAGAUUGAGCUUGGUUGGACCUAUGGAUCAGUCAGAGAUGACAACAAAAGACAACACCCAUGUCUGGUGGAGUUCUGCAAGCUGCCGGAGCAAGAGCGGAAUUACAACUUACAGAUGUCUCUCGAGACGCUCAAGACGCUUCUUGCUUUAGGCUGCCAUGUAGGAAUUGCUGAUGAGCAUGCAGAGGAAAAAGUGAAGAACCUCAAGCUCCCCACUAACUACGAGCUAUCAGGAGGGUACAAGCCAGCCCCCAUGGACCUGAGCCACCUAAAGCUGACUUCAACCCAGGAAGCCAUGGUGGAUAAGCUGGCUGAGAAUGCCCACAAUGUCUGGGCUCGGGACCGCAUUCGACAAGGCUGGACUUAUGGUAUCCAGCAGGAUGUGAAGAACAGAAGAAACCCUCGUCUUGUCCCCUACGCGCUUCUGGAUGAACGGACUAAGAAGUCCAACAAAGACAGUCUGAGAGAGGCGGUACGCACUGUCCUGGGGUACGGCUACAAUCUGGAGGCUCCCGACCAAGACCAUGCUGCAAGAUCUGACAUCGGCUGCAUUUCAGCAGAGAGGUUCCGCAUUUUUCGUGCUGAGAAGACCUACGCUGUGAACUCUGGCAAAUGGUACUUUGAGUUUGAAGCAGUCACUGCUGGGGAGAUGCGUGUCGGCUGGGCAAGACCCGGAUGCCUGCCAGAUCAAGAGCUGGGCUCAGAUGACCAGGCCUUUGUGUUUGAUGGUUUCAAGGCUCAGCGGUGGAACCAGGGUAAUGAGCACUUUGGUCGCUCCUGGCAGGCUGGAGAUGUUGUCGGCUGUAUGGUAGACUUGAACGAACACACCAUGAUGUUUACAUUGAACGGUGAAGUCCUACUUGAUGACUCAGGUUCAGAACUUGCUUUCAAGGACUUUGAAGUUCUGGAAGGUUUUAUUCCAGUAAGCAGUCUCGGAGUUUGUCAGGUGGGCAGGAUGAAUUUCGGGAAGGAUGUCAGCACCCUGAAGUACUUCACAAUCUGUGGAUUACAAGAAGGCUACGAACCCUUUGCUGUCAAUAUGAACAGGGACAUUACCAUGUGGUUAAGCAAAAGGCUGCCUCAGUUCAUCCCUGUCCCUUCAGACCACGAGCACAUUGAGGUGACGAGAAUAGAUGGGACCACUGACAAUUCACCAUGUUUGAAGGUCACUCAGAGGUCAUUUGGAUCUCAAAACAGCCACACUGACAUUUUUUUCUACCGUCUGAGCAUGCCCGUGGAGUGUGCAGAGAGCUUCACUAGAACGGCAGGGGGCAAUCUCAGCAGCAGCUUCUUCUCACCAAAAAAGAACCUCGAAGACUUUGAUGCAGAUUCUGACUUUGAGGUCCUCAUGAAAACCGCCCACGGGCACUUGGGCUCCAACGGGCCAGAGAAAGAAAAGGAAAGUUUGAAGGACGAGUUCAACAAUCAUAAAGAUUACACACAAGAGAAACCAUCUCGACUGAAACAGAGGUUCAUGUUGAAAAGAACAAAGCCAGACUACAGCACAAAUCACUCUUCAGCACGUCUCUCUGAAGAUGUACUGGCAGAUGACAGGGAUGACUAUGAAUAUCUGAUGCAGACGUCAACGUACUAUUACUCUGUGAGAAUCUUCCCAGGUCAGGAGCCUACGAAUGUCUGGGUUGGCUGGGUUACCUCUGAUUUUCACCAGUACGACCAAUCCUUUGAACUGGAGAAGAUUCAGACAGUGACUGUCACGCUGGGGGAUGAAAAGGGGAAGGUCCACGAAUGUAUCAAACGCAGCAACUGCUACAUGGUGUGGGCUGGAGAGAGCACCAGUCCAGGACAAGGCCGCAAUAAUAACGGGUUGGAAAUAGGCUGCUUGGUGGAUACUUCCGCUGGCUUACUGACGUUCACUGCCAAUGGCAAAGAAAUGAGUCCCUACUAUCAGGUGGAGCCUAGCACCAAGCUAUUCCCUGCAGUGUUUGCUCAGGCAACCAGUCCCAAUGUUUUUCAGUUUGAACUUGGAAGGAUAAAGAAUGUAAUGCCUCUCUCAGCGGGCCUCUUUAAAAGUGAGCGUAAAAACCCCACUCCGCAGUGCCCACCCCGGUUGCAUGUGCAGUUCCUGACCCCUGUUCUCUGGAGUCGGGUACCAAACCACUUCCUCAAGGUGGAGACCUCCAGGGUCAGCGAGCGGCAUGGCUGGCUGGUGCAGUGCUCAGAGGCGCUCCAGUUCAUGUGUCUGCACAUUCCUGAGGAAAACAGGUCUCUUGAUAUCCUGGAGCUCACAGAACAAGAGGACCUGCUAAAAUUCCACUACCACACACUGCGCCUGCACUCGGCAGUCUGCGCACUGGGAAACAACAGGGUGGCCCACGCCCUGUGCAGUCACUUGGACGAGGCUCAGCUUCUGUAUGCCAUUGAAAACAAGUACAUGCCGGGCUUGCUCAGGACAGGUUACUAUGACUUGCUCAUUGACAUCCACCUCAGCACUUACGCUACAGCCCGCCUCAUGAUGAACAAUGAAUACAUCGUCCCUAUGACGGAGGAAACCAAAAGCAUCACCCUGUUCCCAGACGAGAAAAAAAAACAUGGGCUCCCGGGUAUAGGCCUCAGUACCUCCCUCAGACCUAGGAUGCACUUCUUCUCACCCAGUUUUGUGAGUGUUAGCGGGGAUUACUUCCAAUACAGCCCCGAGUUCCCCCUGGAGAUACUAAAGACUAAAACCAUUGAAAUGCUGACAGAGGCUGUACAGGAAGGCAGCCUUCACGUGCGGGACCCUGUGGGAGGCAGCACUGAGUUUCUCUUUGUGCCCCUCAUUAAGCUGUUUUACACUUUGCUUAUAAUGGGCGUCUUCCACAACGGGGACCUGAAGAACAUCCUGCAGCUCAUUGAGCCCAGCGUCUUCUCUGAGGAGACAAGCCAGGAGGAGGCUGAGGAUCCAGAGUCUGAUGGGAUCAAAGGAGUGCUGAGGAUAGAAGGCCCGGGAGGAGAAGAGGAACUCAAGUCUGAGAAAGUCCCUAAAGAAGGUUUGCUGCAGAUGAAGCUUCCAGAGCCAGUAAAACUCCAGAUGUGCCAUUUGCUACAAUAUCUAUGUGACUGCCAGGUGCGCCAUCGCAUUGAGGCUGUUGUGGCAUUUUCAGAUGACUUUGUAGCCAGCCUCCAGGAUAACCAGCGUUUCCGCUACAAUGAAGUGAUGCAGGCUUUAAACAUGUCCGCAGCACUGACUGCCAGAAAAACAAAAGAAUUCCGCUCUCCUCCUCAGGAACAGAUAAACAUGCUGCUGAAUUUCAAAGAUGAAAAGCAGGACUGCCCAUGCCCUGAAGAUAUUCGUGAGCUGCUACUCGACUUCCAUGAAGACCUAAUGGCUCACUGUGGUAUCGAACUUGAUGAUGAUAGAGCUAAUGAAGGGGACUGUGAUUUCACCAUAAGAGGCCGCCUCCUAUACCUGGUAGAGAAAGUGGCCUACCUGAAAAACAAAAUGUCUGACUUGCCAAAGAAAAAAAAAGUAAAGAAGCCAAGUACUUUGCAGCAGUUAAUAUCAGAGACCAUGGUACGAUGGGCCCAGGAGUCAGUUAUAGAAGACCCAGAGCUAGUCAGAGCCAUGUUUGUGCUCUUGCACAGGCAGUACGAUGGUGUAGGAGGACAAGUGCGGGCGUUGCCCAAGACUUACACCAUCAACUCUGUCUCUGUGGAGGACACAAUAAAUCUACUGGCUUCCCUGGGACAAAUCCGCUCGUUGCUCAGUGUACGCAUGGGGAAGGAGGAGGAGAAACUAAUGAUCCAUGGCCUUGGAGAUAUUAUGAACAAUAAAGUGUUCUACCAACACCCCAACCUUAUGAGAGCCUUGGGGAUGCACGAGACAGUGAUGGAGGUCAUGGUAAAUGUCCUUGGAGGAGGGGAAUCGAAAGAAAUCACCUUUCCCAAAAUGGUGGCCAACUGCUGUCGUUUCUUGUGCUAUUUCUGCCGCAUCAGUAGGCAAAACCAGAAAGCUAUGUUCGAUCACCUUAGUUAUUUGUUGGAAAAUAGCAGUGUUGGACUAGCGUCUCCUUCAAUGCGAGGCUCGACUCCUCUGGAUGUUGCUGCUGCUUCAGUGAUGGACAAUAAUGAACUUGCCUUAGCCUUAAGGGAGCCUGACCUAGAGAAAGUUGUGCAGUACUUGGCGGGAUGCGGUUUGCAAAGCUGCUCCAUGCUGGUUUCUAAAGGAUACCCAGAUAUUGGCUGGAAUCCUGUGGAAGGAGAGCGGUACUUAGAUUUUCUCAGAUUCGCUGUGUUCUGCAAUGGAGAGAGUGUUGAAGAGAAUGCCAAUGUAGUUGUGAGGCUGUUGAUCCGUCGGCCGGAGUGUUUUGGCCCAGCUUUGCGUGGAGAAGGUGGGAAUGGUCUUCUGGCUGCCAUGGAGGAAGCCAUUAAGAUCUCAGAAGAUCCUGCCAGAGAUGGACCCUCGCCGACCUCUGGAUCCAGCAGAACCCUUGACAUAUUGGAUGAAGAAGAUGAUACUAUACAUACAGGGAAUGCCAUCAUGACCUUCUAUGCAGCCCUAAUUGACCUCCUUGGCCGCUGUGCUCCUGAAAUGCAUCUUAUCCAUGCUGGAAAGGGUGAGGCCAUAAGGAUAAGAGCCAUUCUCCGAUCCCUGAUUCCUAUUGAAGAUCUUGAGGGAGUCAUCAGCGUUCCGUUUCCAAUGCCAACACUAGCUAAAGACGGUACAGUGGUGGAGCCUGACAUGUCGGCCGGCUUUUGCCCUGAUCAUAAGGCAGCCAUGGUCCUGUUCCUGGACCGAGUGUAUGGAAUUGAAGAUCAGAACUUCCUUCUUCAUCUUUUGGAAGUCGGCUUUCUCCCUGACCUCCGUGCAGCUGCCUCCUUAGAUACGGCUGCCCUGAGUGCUACAGACAUGGCACUGGCAUUGAACCGGUACCUGUGCACAGCGGUAUUGCCUUUGCUCACUAAGUGUGCCCCCCUGCUUGCCGGCACUGAGCCCUUCGCUUCCCUCAUCGAUUCCUUACUGCACACUGUUUACAGGCUCUCCAAGGGCUGCUGCCUCACCAAAGCCCAGAGAGACGCCAUUGAAGCGUGCCUGCUGGCUAUCUGUGGCCAGUUGAGACCAUCUAUGAUGCAGCAUCUUCUCAGGAGGUUGGUUUUUGAUGUUCCUCUUUUGAAUGAACACACAAAAAUGCCCCUUAAGUUGCUGACUAACCAUUACGAGCGAUGCUGGAAGUAUUACUGCCUGUCUGGAGGAUGGGGGAACUUUGGAGCGGCCUCCGAGGAAGAGCUUCACCUGUCCAGAAAGUUGUUCUGGGGAAUAUUUGAUGCCCUGUCCCAGAAGAGGUACGAGCAGGAGCUCUUUAAGCUGGCUCUCCCCUGCUUGAGUGCUGUGGCUGGGGCCCUGCCUCCAGAUUACAUGGAAUCCAACUACGUGGCCAUGAUGGAGAAACAGUCCUCGAUGGACGCUGAGGGAAACUUCAACCCACAACCUGCUGAUACCUUAAAUGUAAAUGUUCCAGAAAAACUGGAUUACUUCAUUAACAAAUAUGCAGAACAUUCACAUGAAAAGUGGUCAAUGGACAAGUUUGCGAAUGGUUGGGUUUAUGGAGAGCCCCUGUGUGAGGCUACCAAGGUCCACCCUCUACUGAAACCAUACAAACUGCUUGUGGAGAAGGAGAAGGAGGUGUACCGAUGGCCUAUUAAGGAGUCUUUGAAAACAAUGCUUGCCUGGGGGUGGAGCAUUGAGAGGACAAGAGAAGGGGAUGCCAUGGGCUUACAUAACCGGGCACGUAGAAUAUCACAGUCCAGUCAGAUUUCCAUAGACACUGCACAUGGCUACAGUCCACGGCCUAUUGACAUGAGCAAUGUAACACUGUCCAGAGAUCUGCAUUCAAUGGCAGAGCUUCUGGCUGAGAACUACCACAACAUCUGGGCAAAAAAGAAAAAACUAGAGCUGGAAGCCAAAGGAGGAGGGAGCCACCCUUUGCUGGUGCCCUAUGAUACAUUAACAGCCAAAGAAAAAUCCAAAGACAGAGAAAAAGCACAAGAGAUCCUCAAGUUCUUUCAGAUAAAUGGAUAUGCUGUUUCAAGGGGUCUGAAAGAAAUUGAAUUAGACACACCUUCAAUUGAGAAACGAUUUGCCUACAGCUUCCUCCAGCAGCUCAUCAGAUAUGUGGACGAGGCACAUCAGCAUAUGCAGGAGUUCGAUAUUUGCACGCCGGGUAAAGGGGAAAAGAUUCCUCAUGAGCAAGAAAUCAAGUUUUUUGGGAAGGUUGUUCUUCCAUUAGUUGAUCAGUACUUCAAGAAUCACCGUCUCUACUUCCUGUCCACUGCGAGUCGACCGCUUAGCAGUGGAGGCCAUGCAUCCAACAAGGAGAAGGAGAUGGUAACAAGCCUGUUCUGCAAACUUGGAGUUCUUGUCAGACACAGGAUAUCACUGUUUGGAAAUGAUGCUACAUCUAUAGUGAACUGUCUUCACAUAUUGGGCCAAACUCUGGAUGCCAGGACGGUAAUGAAGACUGGCUUGGAGACGGUGAAAGCAGCUUUGCGGGCGUUUUUUGAAAAUUCGGCUGAGGACCUGGAGCAGACGAUGGAGAAUCUAAAGCUCGGACAGUUCACCCACACCAGGACGCAGCCCAAAGGGGUCACCCAGAUCAUCAACUACACCACUGGGGCCCUUCUGCCUGUCCUGUCCUCGCUGUUUGAGCACAUUGGGCAGAACCAGUUUGGUGAAGACCUCAUAUUAGAUGAUGUUCAGGUAUCAUGCUACAGGAUACUUGGCAGCUUGUAUGCAUUGGGCACUAGCAAAAAUAUUUAUGUAGAAAGGCAGCGGCCAGCACUUGGAGAAUGUCUUGCUGCCUUUGCUGUUGCCUUCCCAGUAUCGUUUAUGGAGCCUCACUUGAACAAGCAUAACACCUAUUCCAUAUACAACACCAAAGGGUCAAGAGAAAGAGCAGCUCUGAACUUGCUUACCCGGGUUGAGGAAGUAUGUCCAAACAUCCCAUCCCUGGAGAAAUCCUUGGAGGAGAUAAUGGAGCUGGCUGAGUCUGGGAUUCGGUACACCCAGAUGCCCCACAUGAUGGAGGUGGUGCUACCAAUGCUGUGCAGUUACAUGUCUCAUUGGUGGGAACACGGGCCUGAAAACAACCCAGAGAAAAUGGACAUGUGCUGCACAGCGCUGACAUCGGAACAUAUGAACACACUGCUGGGGAACAUUCUGAAGAUCAUCUACAACAACCUAGGCAUCGAUGAGGGAGCCUGGAUGAAGCGACUGGCAGUGUUUUCCCAGCCAAUCAUUGGCAAAGCCAAGCCGCAGCUCCUGAAGACCCACUUCCUGCCCUUGAUGGAGAAGCUGAAGAAAAAGGCUGCGACGGUGUUGUUGGAUGAGGAGCACAUGAAGGCGGAGGGGCGAGGGGACAUGUCUGAGGCGGAGCUGCUCAUUCUUGAUGAGUUCACCAUCCUCACCCGGGAUCUCUACGCCUUCUACCCGCUCCUCAUCAGAUUCGUAGAUUACAACAGAGCAAAGUGGCUGAAAGAACCCAACCCAGAGGCAGAAGAAUUAUUUCGCAUGGUGGCUGAAGUGUUCAUAUUCUGGGCAAAAUCCCACAAUUUCAAAAGGGAAGAGCAGAACUUUGUGGUCCAGAAUGAAAUCAACAACAUGUCUUUUUUGAUCACCGAUACCAAGUCGAAAAUGUCAAAGGGUGCAGUUUCAGAUCAGGAGAGAAAGAAGCUGAAACGAAAGGGAGACCGCUAUUCUCUACAGACCUCACUCAUUGUAGCUGCACUAAAGAGACUGCUUCCUGUGGGGUUAAAUAUCUGUGCACCCGGAGAUCAAGAACUUAUUGCAUUGGCAAAGAACAGAUUCAGUUUGAAGGACACAGAGGAUGAAGUAAGAGAUGUUAUUCGUAAUAAUCUUCAUCUUCAGGGAAAGUACCGAAUGCAUCAUUUCAAGAAACUGGUGAAGAGGCUUAACAUAGUGUUGAAAUGGAUGAAGAACAAACCUCCCAAGCUGGCUAGCCCUGAGCUUCCAGGCCACAAAAAACUGCCCGGGCGAAAGCGCUCGGCCACCAUAGACACCACACCCAGGGUUCAAAAGACUCCCCUAUCUGCGAUAAAAAAGUCCGCCUCAGUUGAUUAUGUGUCCAUGUUGAGGCACACUAAAGCCCAGUCAAGGCCUAUGGACAUGGCAGGCUCUAAAAAAUGGAAAGGCCUGCACAAGGAAGGGCACAUAGCAAUGCAGAGUUUACUGGGGUGUCACACAGAUUUGCUGGAGGAUCCUGCUAUAAGGUGGCAGAUGGCUCUGUACAAAGACUUGCCUAACAGAACAGAUGACACGUCGGAUCCUGAGAAAACAGUGGAGCGUGUGUUAGAUAUAGCACACGUGUUGUUUCAUCUUGAGCAGGUUGAACACCCUCAGAGAAGCAAGAAGGCUGUGUGGCACAAGCUGCUGUCCAAGCAAAGGAAAAGGGCAGUUGUGGCCUGUUUCAGGAUGGCACCUUUGUAUAAUUUGCCAAGGCAUCGGGCUGUGAAUCUCUUCCUACAAGGAUAUGAGAAGUCUUGGAUUGAAACAGAGGAACAUUAUUUUGAAGACAAACUAAUUGAGGAUUUAGCUAAACCAGGAGGAGAAGAACCCCCAGAAGAAGACGAGGGAACAAAACCAAUUGACCCUCUAAACCAGCUCAUCUUACUGUUUAGUAGGACUGCACUGACAGAGAAGUGUAAACUGGAGGAAGACUUCCUGUACAUGGCCUACGCUGACAUCAUGGCAAAGAGCUGUCAUGAUGAAGAAGACGAGGAUGGAGAAGAAGUGAAAAGCUUUGAAGAAAAAGAAAUGGAAAAGCAGAAGCUUCUCUACCAGCAGGCCAGGCUUCAUGACCGAGGGGCAGCAGAGAUGGUGUUGCAGAUGAUUAGUGCCAGCAAAGGUGAAAUGGGUCCAAUGGUAGCAUCUACUUUGAAGCUUGGAAUUGCCAUAUUAAAUGGUGGAAAUUCUACGGUACAACAGAAAAUGCUUGACUAUCUGAAGGACAAAAAGGAUGUUGGCUUCUUUCAAAGCCUUGCUGGUCUCAUGCAGUCUUGCAGCGUUCUUGACCUCAAUGCUUUUGAAAGACAGAACAAGGCAGAAGGUCUUGGGAUGGUUACAGAGGAAGGAUCAGUCAUCACUCAUGAGCGUGGAGAAAAGGUGAUGCAGGAUGAUGAAUUUACUUGUGACCUCUUUCGCUUUCUUCAGCUGCUUUGUGAAGGACACAACUCAGACUUUCAGAAUUAUCUGAGGACUCAGACAGGAAACAACACCACAGUGAAUAUUAUUAUAUCUACAGUUGAUUACCUACUGCGAGUUCAGGAAUCUAUCAGUGACUUCUACUGGUAUUAUUCUGGAAAAGAUGUGAUUGAUGAGCAAGGACAGCGCAAUUUCUCCAAGGCAAUUAAUGUGGCCAAACAGGUUUUCAAUACACUUACAGAAUAUAUCCAGGGCCCAUGCACUGGAAACCAGCAGAGCCUUGCACACAGCAGGCUGUGGGAUGCAGUGGUUGGGUUUCUUCACGUGUUUGCACACAUGCAAAUGAAGUUAUCCCAGGACUCCAGUCAAAUUGAGUUACUGAAAGAGUUAAUGGACCUCCAAAAAGACAUGGUAGUUAUGUUGUUGUCAAUGUUAGAAGGGAAUGUGGUUAAUGGAACCAUUGGCAAACAGAUGGUUGACAUGUUAGUAGAGUCCUCCAACAAUGUGGAAAUGAUUCUGAAGUUCUUUGACAUGUUCCUCAAGUUAAAAGACUUGACGUCAUCUGAUACUUUUAAAGAGUAUGAUCCUGAUGCUAAAGGCGUGAUCUCAAAGAGGGACUUUCACAAGGCCAUGGAAAACCAUAAACACUACACCCAGUCAGAAACAGAAUUCCUUCUCUCUUGUGCGGAGACAGAUGAGAACGAGCUGCUGGACUACGAGGAGUUUGUGGAAAGGUUCCACGAACCAGCCAAAGACAUUGGCUUCAAUGUGGCUGUCUUGUUGACCAAUCUGUCCGAGCACAUGCCUCACGAUACCCGCCUGCAGACCUUUUUGGAACUUGCUGAGAGCGUGCUAAAUUACUUCCAGCCUUAUCUUGGUCGUAUUGAGAUCAUGGGCAGUGCCAAACGCAUCGAGCGGGUCUACUUUGAAAUCAGUGAGUCCAGUCGAACGCAGUGGGAAAAGCCACAGGUGAAGGAGUCCAAGCGGCAGUUCAUCUUUGAUGUGGUGAAUGAGGGAGGGGAGAAGGAAAAAAUGGAACUCUUUGUAAACUUUUGUGAGGACACCAUAUUUGAAAUGCAGUUAGCUGCUCAGAUCUCUGAGUCCGAUACGGGUGAAAGGUCUUCCACCAAGGAGGAGAAUGAGAAGGACAAGCAUGAAGGUGAAAAUCCAGAAAUGGGGUUCUUCUCCAUCAUCACUAUGCGCACAGCUCUAUUUGCAUUGAGGUACAACGUCAUGAUGCUCAUGAAGUUGCUUUCCAUGAAGAGCCUUAAAAAGCAGAUGAAGAAGAUGAAGAAGAUGACUGUGAAAGACAUGAUCAUGACCCUCAUCUCAUUCUACUGGAGCACAUUGCUGGGACUUUUCCAUUUCACAUUCAGCGUGUCAAGGGGCUUCUUUCGCAUCAUGUACAGCACUUUUCUUGGUGGAAGUCUGGUGGAAGGAGCCAAAAAAAUUAAAGUGGCUGACCUCUUAGCCAAUAUGCCUGAUCCAACCCAGGAUGAGGUCCGUGGGGAGGGCGAGGAAAUCGAGAAGAAGCACCCUGACACGGCACUGCCUUCUGAAGACCUAGCAGACUUAGCAGUUGCCUCUGAUGAUGGUGACCUCCUUUCAGACAUUUUUGGGUUAGAUUUAAGACGGGAAGGUGGACAAUAUAUACUUAUGCCUCAUAAUCCGAAUGCUAGUCUGAGCGAACUAAUUACCUCACCCUCUCCUCUGCUUCCAGCACCCUCACCUUUGCUGAGAAGACAACACCAGGGUGAGGGGGUCAAAGAAGAAGAAAGAGAAGAAAAAGAAGAAAAUAAGUCUGAACCAGAAAAGGCAGAAGGGGAAGAUGGCGAGAAGCAGGAAAAGCCAAAGGAAGAGAAGCCCAAACAGAAAAUCAGGCAGCAUCAUGCCCUGAAAUCAGAUGAGUCAGAAAUACAAGAAUCUGCCUUUUGGAAGAAAAUUCUAGCAUAUCAACGAAAGCUGCUUAAUUACUUUGCACGCAACUUCUAUAACAUGAGGAUGCUGGCUCUGUUUGUUGCCUUUGCAAUCAACUUCAUUCUGCUUUUCUACAAGGUGUCCACCUCCUCAGCAGUAAUUGAAGAGAAGGAGGUUGUUUACACCACCACUGAGGAAGGAGUCCCAAGGUGGAAUGCCAUGGACCGUGAGCCCCACAAAAUGGUCACGGUUCAUUUUGUGCUGGAGGAGAGCAGUGGCUACAUGGAGCCCACACUGAGAAUACUCGCUAUUCUACACACAGUCAUCUCCUUUUUCUGCAUAAUAGGAUAUUACUGUUUAAAAGUUCCUCUGGUUAUUUUCAAACGAGAGAAGGAGGUGGCACGGAAGUUGGAAUUUGAUGGACUCUACAUCACAGAGCAACCAUCAGAAGAUGACAUCAAAGGGCAGUGGGAUAGACUUGUAAUUAAUACUCAGUCUUUUCCAAAUAAUUAUUGGGACAAAUUUGUAAAACGAAAGGUCAUGGAUAAAUAUGGAGAGUUUUAUGGCCGGGACAGGAUCAGUGAGUUACUGGGAAUGGACAAAGCUGCUCUUGACUUCAGUGAUUCACAAGAGAAAAAGAAGCCAAAGAAAGACAGUUCAUUAUCAGCAGUGCUGAACUCCAUUGAUGUCAAAUAUCAAAUGUGGAAAUUAGGAGUAGUAUUCACAGACAAUUCUUUCCUGUACCUAGCCUGGUACAUGACCAUGUCUGUGCUUGGGCACUACAACAACUUUUUCUUUGCUGCACAUUUACUGGAUAUAGCUAUGGGAUUCAAAACAUUACGGACCAUUCUCUCAUCAGUUACACACAACGGCAAACAGCUGGUGUUAACGGUGGGGUUGCUGGCUGUCGUUGUCUACUUGUACACGGUAGUAGCUUUUAAUUUCUUCCGCAAAUUCUACAACAAGAAUGAAGAUGGAGACACCCCUGAUAUGAAAUGUGACGAUAUGCUCACCUGUUACAUGUUUCACAUGUACGUGGGCGUCCGUGCUGGCGGUGGCAUUGGUGAUGAGAUCGAAGACCCAGCAGGAGACGAGUAUGAGAUCUAUAGGAUCAUUUUUGACAUCACCUUCUUCUUCUUUGUAAUUGUCAUUCUGCUGGCCAUCAUUCAAGGUUUAAUUAUUGAUGCCUUUGGUGAAUUACGAGACCAACAGGAACAAGUCAAAGAAGAUAUGGAGACCAAAUGCUUCAUCUGUGGGAUUGGCAAUGACUACUUUGACACAGUACCCCAUGGCUUUGAAACUCACACACUGCAGGAGCACAACUUGGCAAACUAUCUUUUUUUCGUGAUGUAUCUCAUUAACAAGGACGAAACAGAGCACACAGGCCAGGAAUCAUAUGUUUGGAAAAUGUACCAGGAACGCUGCUGGGAAUUCUUUCCAGCUGGAGACUGCUUUCGCAAACAGUAUGAAGACCAGCUGAACUGAAUACAGACUUUUACUCUUUCUUACAGCAACACAAAGAAGGAACAUCACCUUCAAACUUCCUUUGAAUGCGUUUUGGACUUUGUAUAUAUAUCUAAUACCUCUAUAUCGUACACUGUGUGCUUUUGGAGCACAAGAGCUGUGUUUUGAUGACUUUAUGCUUCAUCUAUACAUCUGCUUAAAAGAAAACUCACUUUGAAAAGCAAAAUCAAAAAAUCACAAAAAAACACAUUGAUUUGAAACUGUCUAUGGAGACUUAUAGCAAAUGUUAUCUUUAUUUUGAGAGCACAUGUAUAAAAAAAAGGCAAUUAUCUUGCUCAUCCUAAGUUUCUUUAUUUCUUCAUCAGGAAUGGGAUUGUAUAUUUUGUAGUGUAGAGUGGGGAUCUGUUAAUAGACAGAGGGCAGCGAUGGGGAAAUAGUGCCUUACUAAGCGUGGGUUGAGCUAUGCAAGUGAAAGGGGUUGAGAGCAUGACUGACACAAAACCAAUUAUUGUUGGAAGUAUAGACCUUCUGUUGAACUGCUGUCAAGUGUGUGUGUGUGUGUGUGUGAGAGAGAGUGUUUGAGUGUGUGUCUGUGUCUCAGGACAAAUGUAAGCAAUCCAUAUCAAGCUCAGUCAUCACUUUCUAGUUCUUUAGCUGUUUCUGAUUUUUGGUAAUGCUCUUAUGCAAUACAGCAACAGAGUUGAUCUUUGUAUAAAAGAGUCAAUCAAAAAAUCUUUAAAUAAGAUGUUUCAUUGCAUGUUUAUUAUGCAAGUUUAACAAAAAAAGAUGCAAAUUGAUCUAUGUCACACAAAAUGUUUUCUAGGUUUAAGAUUAUUGAUAUCUAUAGUAACAAAGUGUUGUGGGCUUUAUUGUAAAUUCCAAAACCAUGUCAUCAGCCAAGAAUGCAUAAUGGUAUAAAAUAGGAUUGUUGUCUAUUCAUUUUGUGUAUUAAAUAGUGUAGUUAGGGAUUAUUUGUUGACUCAUUUUGAUUGAAGCUGAAGCAAUACCCAUUCAGGGAUUUCAUCAGACACCAUUGUAAAGCAACAAUGUGUAGAAUACUACAUUUUGAAUUGUUUUCAAUUGUAAUGCCAAUCUUUGCAAAUAAAACAUUCAGAAUAAAA